AUGGAAAAAGAGGCGUAUGGCUGCAAGAAACAUGAAACUUAUGACGCUUUGAUGGCUUGCUAUGAGAAAGCUGCUUCAGAGUACGAUGAGGUUAAAGAAAUCAGACAAUAUUAUUUUCAAUCGGCUGCUGCCCUGAUUCUCAGACAUUCAUUUGGCGAUAAAGGCGAAUUUAUUCCAACCUUUAUAAUUACUUACGAUGUGCAGUUUUUAGCCUCUAGUUUCAUAAUUGCACGCGCUCAAUGCAUAUAGUGCGUUUAAGAACUCCGCUGAAGUUUGAUUUAGCUUUAGUGCUUCUUUUUAUUUGUGGAUGUGUUUGUUUUGUUUUGCUUUGUUUUUUUUAAUUUCCAGUGAAACCUCCAGCGAAUACACGACUGACUUACUACUGAGUCAGAGCCAUUUUUGGCGUUUAAAAAAAAAUUUAACGUUUGGUUACUGGCGCCAUUUCGUUAUGAUACAAAGAGGAAAACCUGACCAUCAUUUAAGGCGAGAAAAAAGAAUCGAUAACCGUUAACUCGAACGGUUUUUGUCAAAUUCCUUCCUAUAUCUGUUAAUGGUUUUUCAAUUCAUUGUUUCUUAUUCGGAAGCAAAACUACGCCGUAUUUUCUUUGCGUGCGCUUCGCUUUAGCAUCAAACAUGGAAAAAGAGGCGUAUGGCUGUAACAAACAUGAAACUUAUGACGCUCUGAUGGCUAGCUAUGAGAAAGCUGCUUUAGAGUACGAUGAGGUUAAAGAAAUCAGACAAUAUUAUUUUCAUUCGACUGCUUCCCUGAUUCUCAGACGUUCAUUUCGCGACAAAGACGAAUUUGCUCCAACCCUCACUAAUGUUGUGCAGUUUUUAGCCUUAAGUUUUAUACUUGCAUGCACACAAUUCAUAUCAUGCGUUUAGCAACUCCACUAGCCUUUGAAGAAGCACUAAAACUAGAUGAUUUAGCUUCAGUGCUUCUGUUUAUCUGUGGUUGCACUUGAAUAAUUUCUAAAAAAAAAUAGAUAACCGAAAAAAAAAGAAUUGAUAACCGUUAACUCGAACGGUGUCUGUCUAAUUCCUUCCUAUAUCGGUUAAAGAUUCUUUAAUUCAUUGUUUCUUAUUCAAUGCAAGCUAAACUACGCCGUAUUUUCUUUGCGUGCGCUUCGCUACAUAACACACGAUGCUUAUGACGCUUUGAUGGCUUACUAUGAGAGCGCUGCUUCAGAGAACGAUGAGGUAAACGAGAUCAGACAAUAUUAUUUCCAGUCGGCUGCUUCCCUGAUUCUCAGACGUUCAUUUCGCGAUAGAGACGAAUUUGCUCCAACCCUUAUGACUACUUAUGUCGUGCAGUUUUUAGUCUUUAGUUCUAUACUUGCAUGCGCACAAUGCAUAUAGUGCGUUUAGCAACUCCGCUAGCUUUGAUUUAGCUUUAGUGCUUCUGUUUAUUUGUGUAUGCGCUUGAUUUUUUUAAAAAUAAUUUCAAAAAAUACUCCAGCGAAUAGACAAAAGACUUAUUUCUGAGUCAUGGCCGUUUUGGACAUUAAAAUAUAUAUAUAUAUAUAUAUAUAUUGCUUGACUACUGGCGGCAUUUCGUUAUAAUAUAUAGAGGAAAACCUGACUAUCAUGCAUUUAAAGCGACAGAAAAGAAUCGACAACGGUUACCUCGAACGGUUUCUGUCAAAUUCCUUCCAGUAUUCAAUUGCUGUAACGAAUUAUUACUUAAUCGCUCUUUUGAAGUGAAGGUCAUGACAACAUACAAAGACAACGUGAAAGCGAAGCCGCGGAUAAGUCGCAUAUUUUCAACCCGCCGUUUUAUAGAAGGAGCGUGGUUGUUGGAAAGUGUUGAAUUCAAAUCCAUACCUUUCAUCAACGAAACUCGUCUUUUACCACUUUCUCUUCGGCCGGUUGUUGGUCGUCACCUCGAGGUUCUUCAUAAUUGCAUGAUGACCGUUGCAUUACACAAAUAAUUAUUCUAAAACUGUUUGUGAAAACAGCAUCUUUUAUGGUAUCUUUGUAGAAAAGACCUUCAUUCUUAGAGAGAGGAAGACUUCUUGUCAUUUUGUUGCCUGUUUGUUCGUGGAGUCUUAAUGAAAUUCUUUUUUGGGUUACAUCAUGCAUAUGGUGGCACAUUGUAAUUUCGGUUGCAAGCUUGUCGCUAAAGCAGGCUUCCUGUUUAAAGAAAAAAAGGAAAAAGAAGAAUUCCGACCAUAGGUUCGUUAAACAAGGUUGUGACGAGCUUCACAUAGAGGUUUAUCUUUAUAACUAUACCCACAUUAAUUUUUAGGCUUUAUUAUGACAUUAUUUUGUACAGAAGAUUGUUUGGACCAAAAUCUCAUUUGGAUCAUGAUUUCUCUUUUCCUCCGAUGUAACAGGCGCUUGAAGGGAUUUUCGUUUCUUACUUUUCACCUCGACUAUUGAGUUGGGUGGAGUGCGGGGAGGUGAGGAUGAAGCGGAGCAGAUCUGAUCAAGUGUCUAAAUCCAUAUGCCUCUGUCCCCGCGUGACAGCCCUAGGUGGCCUAUAAUUGUAACUUUACGUAAUGCUCUCUCCUUUUUUAUUUCUUUUUCUUGGUGUAACAAAGGAUUGGUCCAUGCUUAGCGUGCGUAUAUCGAGUUAAGAAUGAGUGCAGGACGAGAGACGAGUAAGAGUUGCAAUUUCUGACGUUUGAGUGACAAGAGAACGAAUUAGUCAGAAAUUAAUAUUCUGACGCACGUUGAAGAGGUUCGCAUGGCAACACGGUAGUUUCGGAUUAUUUAAGCGUUUCGCGGGGAAAAUUAAGUCAUUCUACGUCGGUCAAUCUAAAAAGCUAAACUCAACGAGAACUUGCAGCUGAUGUGAUGAAUGCAUGGCUGUGCAAUACAUAAAGAUUUUUACGAUGGUUGCUCCUAAGAAAUAGAUAGGCUUUGCGCGCGCACUAUGUCAUUAGAUGUACUGUCACCAGAUAUCUUUUAGUAUAUACCACACAGGUAAAAAGUGAUUGGCCAAGUAUUAUACACCUCUGAGCAGCGGAAGAGCGUCAAGAGAUUAAUUUCCGACCAUUGUUCGGUAUAUUGGCAGAGAAUUUUUUUUUUUUUUUACACGUGGUAUAUGCUAAAACAAGUAUUUACCUCCUCGUUGAAAGUGGUGGAUAUUUGCCUUGUCACAUCGCGGUACGGUAAAUAUCCACCUCCAUCCACCCCACCUCGAAGCGUAAUUGUUGAAUAUUACUUUUUGAAUUCCAUAGGAUGUUAAAGUUCACAGAGGGUACAUCGGACACGAAACCGCGACAGAAAGGUUGGUAACAACUCUAAAACAGCUUGAAUUUCCGGAAGAUUGCAGAAUCCUUGACGUUGGCGCGGGGACCGGGCUGGUCGGAGUGGAGCUUUGUAAAAGGCAGUUUACCAACGUGGAUGCCUUAGAUGCGUCAGAUGCCCUUCUCAAAGAAGCCGAAAAGAAAGGAAUCUACAAGAAUUUCUUUGUUGAUUUCCUGGGUCCUAAUCAACGGAUACAGUUGGACGACGACUGCUAUGACGUCGCUUUUGCCGUUGGCGUGUUUACUCUAAACCACGUGAAGGCGGAAGGCGCCAUGGAUGAAAUGGCACGAGUUGUCAGGCCAGGCGGAUUGGUCAGCUUCACAAUAAGAGAGGAUGUGAUGUUUGAACAAGAAUAUGGGUACGAAGCAAAAAUGGAUCAGCUGUGUCGGGAGAAAGUCUGGAAACUAGUGUCCAAGAGUGAGGAAGACUAUCACAGCAAAACCGACAUAAGGAAAUGCUACUUUUACAUUUAUCAAGUUAUGUAG